AUGGCCAUGAAGGAGACGGUGCUGCCCAUCAGUGAGGUCUGCAGCCCCUUCCCGGAGGUGAUUGAGCUUAACGUUGGGGGGCAGGUAUACGUGACUAAGCGUGCCACUCUUCUCAGCGUGCCUGACACCACUCUGCAUGCCAUGUUCUCACGCCGGACGCCAGCCGAGCUGCCCCACGACAGCCGCGGCCGCUUCUUUAUCGACCGUGAUGGUUUCCUGUUCCGCUACGUCCUGGACUUCCUGCGAGACCGGCACGUAGUGCUGCCUGAGCACUUCCCAGAGCGUGAGAGGCUUCAGCGUGAGGCUGAGCACUUCCAGCUGACUGAGCUGCUAAAGUUGCUUGGGCCACCACGCAUAUCCAAGCAAGGCUCGCUUAAUGAUGAGGGGUGCCACAGUGACAUUGAGGAGAACUCGCAAAGCAGCGAGCCUCCUGGACGCACUCCAGGUUCAGAAAAGAGAUCAGGGUUUAUUACAGUCGGCUACCGUGGUUCUUACACCACCGUGAGGGACAACCAGGCAGACGCCAAGUUCAGGCGUGUGGCCAGGAUCAUGGUGUGCGGUCGCAUCGCCUUGGCCAAGGAAGUGUUCGGGGAGAGUCUGAAUGAGAGCAGAGAUCCGGAUCGACCACCUGAGAAGUACACCUCACGAUUCUAUUUAAAGUUUACCUAUUUGGAGCAGGCCUUCGACAGGUUGAGUGAGGCUGGCUUUCAUAUGGUGGCAUGUAAUUCCACAGGGACAUCUGCAUUUGUUAACCAUUACAGAGAUGAAAAGAUCUGGAGUAGCUACACUGAGUACAUCUUCUUCAGGCCUGCCUGCAGGAUCGUGUCCCCAAGGACAGAGUGUGAAGAGCCCAAGCCAGAGAAGAUGGCAGACAAAGGCAGUGAAAGUGGUGCUUCCUUGAAUGAGCUUUCCACCUCCAGCUCGGAGACCCACUCAGAGGCCACCUCACCGCAGGAUGGUGGUUCUGUCCUGGCAUCUCGUGAGGAGGUGGUAGGAGGCUCCCUGGCUCCAUGUGGAGCCCUACAUUCUGUCUCUCGUCCCCCCAGUACCCUCACUCUGGGCAGGCCACCCAAGAAAGGUGCCUCAGUGCAGUGGAUGGAGCUUCCAGAUAAAAGACGUAACAGUGAGCUCUUCCAGUCACUGACCAGUGGUGGGGGGGUGCGUGAGAGUGGACUCGUGCGGCGGAAGACUCUGGAGAGACCCAGCGCUCAAGAGGAGAUGAAGCAGUGUAUUCGGGAUUUCCGUAAUAUCACAAUUCCUCAUGCUUUUCCAGAACGAAAGCGUCAGUGGCAGUCAGAGUUGCUUCAGAAAUACGGGCUAUAG